AUGGACCAUGCCUCCCACGCGUCAGACGCGGGCUUACAGGCGGUGACGUCUAGAAGCGGUUCGGCGUCACUGCACAAUGAAGAAACACAGUCUCGAGACGAAGCAAAAAAUACAGACGCAAAGCCCAACCCCAUACCGAGUCCUCGAGAAGAUGUAAUGGACGAAGGCCCCCCGGAAGACCCUCCACAAUCCGAGGAUACCUCAACCCCCGUGGACCUGACCGGCGCGUUGGAAAAGCAAGCGCAGCGGGGCGAUGCAAAUGAUCUGCCGCGGCCUCAUAGCGCAUCCAAUAAUACCAGCGGCAUCGAACCAAGACCACCGGGUCGCAAGCCUGCGGAUAGCCUGUUCGAUAUCCCGCCGAAUCUAUCGAGAAUUCGUAGGCUCCUGUUCGAAUGCAAUGACCCGAUUGAGAUCACACAGGAGGAGUUUGAUACAUACUGGCCAUUCAUUGAUAAUGUUUGGGUCAAGCAAAGAUCAAAUGCUAGCAAGGAAGGACUUUGCACUUCUGACUACUAUAUGUGUCGACUAAGGCGCCCUACGCAUCGUCCAUCUGAGACUCGACCACCAUUACCAGAGGGCAAACGUCCCCGAAAGAAACGCUCACGAGAAGGAGGUACCUGCAACUUUCAAAUCAAGGUUGUUCGGUUUGAAGGCGCAUAUUCAGCCGUCACCAUUUCGAGAACCCCGGGCAGUGACAGUACUCACACCCACGAUCUUGACUAUAGCGACCGCGUGAAGCGUAACUCCGGGGUGAUGGAAUUUGUACGGAGGGAGUCGGUGAAAGGUUAUCUUCCCUCAUCUAUCUACGCCAAGUUUCAAGAAGAGCCCGAGAAGCUCAAUGAAGCCGGAGGCCGCUCGCUCACGGUAACCGAUGUGCGCAAUGUCGCGGCCAAAUGGCGCAUACAAAACCCUGAAGUCCAGCUUGUUCCCCACGAGGGCUACGAAUACCAGAAAGGACAGGGCAUUAUCAAGUCUGCAACAGCCAAUGGCAUCAAUGAGACAUCGCAACCGCAGCCGCAACCUCAAUUACCAUCCCAAAUGCAACCUACUCUUCCAGCCCCAUCGCUUCAAUUACCGCCAGAUACCCUCGCCUUCCCCCAAUUCUCCCUAGAAUUCCUCGAACCAUAUCUGCCUACCUUACCUACCCAUCACUCUGAGAAAAGUGAAUUCCCCCAUGUCACCUUGUCCUAUGCGACGUCAAUGGACUCAAAAAUCUCUCUUCGUGCCGGGAUGCAGACUGUGCUUUCCGGACCCGAGGCCAAGGUGAUGACCCAUUACCUCCGAUCGCGCCACGAUGCAAUACUCAUCGGGGUUGGAACCGUGCUAGCAGAUAAUCCAGGCUUGAACUGUCGACUCGAAGGCGCUGGAGGUUUCGGAGGCCUGGGAAGGAUGUGGCAACCUCGCCCAGUAGUCAUUGAUCCGACGGGACGAUGGCCGAUCCAUCCAGAUGACCGAAUGCUCCGCACUGCCGUCGAAGGAAAAGGCAGGGCCCCUUGGGUGGUAGUUUCGCCAGGAGCUCCAAUUAACUCUGACCGACUCAUGAUGCUCAAGGGCUAUGGUGGCGACUUUCUGCGAAUUGUGGAGUACAAUCGAGACUGGCGCUUACGCUGGGAAGCUAUUCUCCGGGCUCUCGCCUCUGAAGGAAUCAAGAGCGUCAUGAUUGAAGGAGGUGGGACCGUUUUGAACGAGCUGUUAAAUCCCGAGUACACCAACUUUAUUGACUCAAUCAUCGUGACAGUAGCUCCUACCUACCUUGGUCACGGAGGUGUUGGGGUUAGUCCUGAGUCUAAACUGGAUCCUCAAGGUAAUCCCAAUGCUGCCUUAAAUCCACGCGACGUCAAAUGGACACCAUUAGGGCAAAACGUGAUCAUGUGUGGUAAAAUCCGCCUGCAGGAUAUGAGAGCCGGUGCUCCCCCUUAA